ACGUGGCAUGAAUACGCAUGUACGGAAGUGAAAUACAGCUUCCCGUACGUGGCAAAGUGUCCGUGGAAUUUGUAUCUAAAUUUGUUGUCGUUGGCAAUAAUGAUAAGAAUUGUAUGAAAAUAUAACCGAAACCAAAAGAUAAUCAAUGAGUGGGCAGUUUCCAUAUCCAGGAGGACCUCCACCUUCUAACAGUCUUCCUGGAACUCAACAGCCUCCAGUUUUCAAUGGGGUCUUACAGCCAGGUCAAGGUUAUGGUCAGUCAGUUCCAGGAAAACCUGGACCUCCAUCUGUUCAAAAUGGCCCACCUUUUGGUUCACAGAUGAGACCUCAGUAUCCACCUCAGGGAACUCCUCCAGCUGGUGUUGGACCCCAAGCUGGAUUUCCACCAGGUCCUGGAAUGACUAGACCUCCCAAUCCUCUGGCAUCAGGGCCACCAGUAUCUCAGUUUAACAACAUGAACUUGAAUGAAGCAUCUGUUCGACCCGGUAUGCCACCACCACCAGGCUCAAUGGGACCUCCACCUCGUCCUGGUUUUAAUCAAAUGAAUGGCCCUCCUCCUCGAAGUAACAUGGGCCCUCCAUCAGUCAACAUGGGCCCUCCACCAGUCAACAUGGGCCCUACACCUGUUAACAUGGGCCCUCCACCAGUCAGCAUGGGCCCUCCAUCAGUAGGCAUGGGCCCUCCACCAUCUGGUAUGGGUUCGUUACCCCCCAACAGUAUGGGUUUGCAGACAGGUGGUAUGCCACCCACUUCUGGGAUGGGUCAUCCAGGUCAGCGUAUGCCGCCACCCACCAGUAUGGGUUACAACCCAACAGGAAGUCACCCUCCUCCACCAUCUGGCCCACCUGGUGGUCUGCCUCCCACUUCCUUAGGUCAGCCACCUCACAUGGCCAACCAGUUUCCUCCACCAGGCAUGAACCAGUACCCCAAUCAAACUAACAUGGGUCAUCUUCCACCCCAGGCAAGUCAGGGACAGCUUCCACCUCAAAGUAAUACAGGACAUCUUCCCCCUCAGAUAGGCCAGCAGCCAGGGAGUUUUCAGGGGCAAAUGCCACCUCCUACACAACAGCAGCAGCAACAGUAUACACCUAUGUCUGGUUCUAAUUACAAUAUGCCAACCCAAGGUAUGCUGCCCCCUCCUGGACAAUCACUACACUCACCAACACAAGGUGGCCCACCCAACACACCUGGUCAGAUUCCACCUCAGGGUGGCGUCGGCCAGUUCCCAGGUUCUGCCCCCUACACACCCCAACAGAUGGGCUAUCCCAACCAGCAGGCCCAACCUAUGCAGCCACCUCAACAACAGAAGCGGCUGGACCCUGAUCAAAUGCCUAGUCCAAUACAAGUGAUUGAAGAUGAUAAAAGAAACAGAUCUGGAUUUUACCAGACAGGAACUAAAGGAAGUGUUCCACCUCUAGUAACAACAAAUUUUAUAACACAAGACCAAGGUAAUGCCAGUCCAAGAUUUAUUCGGUCUACCAUGUACAAUGUACCUUGUACAGCUGAUAUGCUUAAGUCCGCCCACAUACCUUUUGCACUUGCCUUGACACCAUUUUCUGAGCUUGACCCACAAGAACAACCUCCACCUUUGGUUGACCUUGGCGAACUAGGCCCUGUCAGGUGUAAGCGCUGCAAGGCUUACAUGAAUCCUUUCAUGCAGUUUAUUGAUGGAGGCAGGAGAUUUCAGUGUGUUUUUUGUGGAGCUGCCACUGAUGUACCAAAUGAAUAUUUUGCACACUUGGACCAUACUGGCCGUAGGGUGGAUUGCUACAGCAGAGCAGAGUUGUGCUUAGGCUCUUAUGAGUUUGUAGCAACUAAAGAUUAUUGUAAGAAUGGAGUUCCCCCAAAGGAGCCUGCAUUUAUAUUUAUGAUAGAUGUUUCUUACAACAGUAUAAAAAGUGGUCUUGCCCAACUUAUUUGUGAUAAAUUAAAAUCUGAGAUUCUUGUCAAUUUACCCAAAGAAACUGGUGCUGUUGAAUCAGAAAUAAGAGUUGGUUUUGUGACAUACCACAAAGAGCUGCACUUUUACAAUGUUAAGAGUUCAUUAGCGCAGCCUCAAAUGAUGGUGGUGUCUGACUUAGAAGACAUGUUUGUACCACUGGUAGAUGGUUUUCUGGUUAAAUUAUCUGAAUCUGAAGGUGUGAUUGACAGCUUGUUGUCUCAGAUCCCCCAACUGUUUGCAGAGUCCAAAGAAACAGAGAUAGUUCUUGGACCGGUGAUACAAGCAGGUCUAGAUGCUCUCAAGUCAGCAGACAGGGCUGGCAGAUUGUACAUAUUUCACACUGGGCUCCCUACUGCAGAAGCACCCGGAAAGUUGAAAAACAGGGAUGAUCGUAAACUCUUAGGCACAGAAAAAGAGAAGACUGUAUUGACACCACAGGUCAACUUUUAUCACAAGCUUGGUACAGAAUGUGUAGCUGCAGGUUGUAGUGUGGAUCUGUUCUUGUUCCCCAACCAUUAUGUUGAUGUAGCCACUAUCUCAGAUGUCUGUAGAGUCACAGCGGGAAAUAUCUACAAAUAUAGUUACUUCCAGGCUGACCUGGAUGGUGAGAGAUUCAUUGAAGAUCUGAAGACCUCUGUAAAGCGCUCACAAGGGUUUGAUGCCAUUCUCAGAGUGAGAACAAGCACUGGUAUAAGGCCAGUUGAUUUCUAUGGCAACUUUUUUAUGGCCAAUACAACAGAUGUAGAAAUGGCAUCUAUUGACAGCGACUCUUCUGUUUGCCUGGAAGUCAAACAUGACGACAAGCUUAGUGAAGCUGAAGGUGCUUAUAUACAGGUCGCUGUGCUGUACACCACAGUAGGUGGACAGAGAAGACUGAGGUGCCAGAACCUUGCCCUUAACUGCUGUGCUCAAAUGGCAGAUUUAUUCAGGAGCUGUGAGCUUGAUGUACUCAUUAAUUUCUUUGCUAAACAAGCAAUCAGAACGAGCCUGAACGCUAACCCUAAACAAGUAAGAGAACACAUCAUGAACGAAGUGGCUCAAAUUCUGGCAUGCUAUCGUAAAAACUGCGCCAACCCUUCCUCUGCUGGUCAGCUUGUGUUGCCUGAGUGCAUGAAGCUGCUGCCUCUGUACUCUAACUGCGUCAUCAAGAAUGACAGCAUAUCUGGAGGCUCUGAGAUAUCAACAGAUGACAGGAGCUACUUGAUGCAUUUGGUCAAUGGCAUGGAUGUCAAGUUGUCAAAUGUCUUCUUUUACCCAAGACUUCUGCCUUUUCACACACUUGAUAUGGAAUCAAAUGACAUGCCAGUAGCAAUUAGAUGUUCCAUUGAAAGACUGGAAGACACCGGCAUAUACUUAUUAGAGAAUGGUCUCUCUAUGUUCCUGUGGAUUGGAUAUAAUGUGAAUCCUGAUUUGAUCCAAAAAAUAUUUGCAGUGCAGAGUGCUGCCCAAGUUGAUAUUGAUAAAGUGAAGGUGCUCCAGCUAGACAAUCCAGUGUCACGUAGGUUGUGUGACUUGAUAGCUAAGAUCAGGGAAGAAAGGUCAAGGUAUCUUAAGCUGACCAUUGUAAGACAGAGGGACAAGCUUCAGGCCUGGUUUGACCACUUCCUGGUAGAAGACAAGGGAAUGAACUCAACUAGCUCCUAUGUGGAUUUUCUUUGUCAUAUACAUAAAGAGAUCAGAAACAUACUCAACUAACACCUGACUACAUUUUCUAACUGAGCAGCUGAGGUACCCAACAAAAGUUGACAUGACAGAUCAUCUGACAGACAAAAUCUGUUUGUUCCAAGUUGGCAUUAUCAUUAUUAUAAUCGGCUUUAGUCUGAUUUUAAAAAUUACAAAAAAAUACGUCAUCGGUUAAAGAUAAAAAAAAACUAUUGUGAUUAGUUUUUGUUUCUAUUGUAGUAUAGUGGUUACUAGAAAGUGCAAUUUCUAAUGUUUGAUCACAAUGUUGUAGAGAAUUUGUUCAAUGAAAAUAUACUGCUUGGUUUCUACUUGGUUUAACUGUUUUGUAUAAAGAUUUUUUUUUAACCAUGAAUUAUUUAUUCAACCAAGUAUUGCAGAGUGUCUCCCUAAUCAUGUAGAGGAUUACAUUUUUUUAUGUCAUAAAUUUUACACUUUUUUUCCCAUCUUUGUCCAUUAAUAAAGUUUUUUUUUUUAAAACAUUGAAGGCUAUGGUUUUAUUUUGUAUCUUGUUAUUACUAGCAUUGAGUUUUUUUUUUUGUUUAAAAUUUCAAAUCUGUGAUUGAUUUUUGUUUUCAUUUGGAUACAGCUGUUAAUCAGUUUUUAUCCAAUUAGGUAAUGGGAGUAAAUAGUAAUUACACAAUGAAAUAACAAGAGUGAAAGUCAAUUUUUGUGUAAUGGAAACUGACUUGUGGUGAAAAAGGCGUUGAGAAAAAUGUGAAAUGACUAACUCUGCUAUGAAGCAACAAUGUAAAUACUUUAUAACUAAAUUAUAUGUACAUAUAGCAUGCCCUGUGCAUGUUGCUAUUCAAACAUUUAUAGUGCAGGGUUUCUUUUAUUGUUUUAUGAAGACUAAAUUCAUCUUAUAAAAUUGAAUGGUGAUUUUUUUUUUUCUGAGCUGAUUUAAAUGGUCGGUAAAUAUGAAUUAUAUUUGUUGCAUGCAAUCUUGAUGUAAAUAAACAGCAUAUUUGACUUGUA